ACGCGGAUAUAAGAAGUGAAACCUAUUCAGUUGUCAUAAUUGUUUCCUUACUCUUAAAAGGGACAAAGUAUAUUGAAAGUCGCCAGUUUGUUAUCCGGUAGAUGUAAAUUAUGGAUGACAAGAGAGCAAGUACCGCAUCAGUUCAGAAGAAGAAUUCGCGACCCGUACAGAACCUCCCAGACUACAUCCGCUACGUUGCUGCUCGCUCAAAGGCCGGCUUCGAUAAAGUUCACGAAGAAUUCUUUCGGAUAUUUGAUGAAACAAGCACCAAAUCCACCAGAAAUUCGACCAGAAAUUCCAUCUCGCAACCCCAGAAACCAAACAAAACAGAGAGUAGAAUAGGACUUCGGUCAAAAUGGUCGACCCUAUUGUGGUCUUCGACUUCGGAAUCAUCUCUCUCACAAGACCAUUCAUUUAUGAGUUACAUUCCGGAAGGACAAGAGGAGGAGGAUGUGGAAUCCAGCGAUGAGAUCGAGCGGUCAUCGUCGGCUCCUAUUGUUGACAACUCGAGUACAAUGUUCUCCUUUGAUGGUGAAAAGUUUGCGACAUCCAAAGAUAUGUGGCACAGCACUGGGGAAUCGAUUAAUAAUGCUAAACCAAAAUCAAAGCCACCAAUUAAAGCGAGAACUAGCAUUCAAGUAAGUCCAGUGUCACAACGCAAGACAAGUAACGAAAGAUUGCAUACUAGCUGUGCCGUUGAAAACAACAAAGCGCAUAACAAAACAGUGUCUAACGAUUUAAUUUCCAAUCAAGAAGGUUACGUAGACAUGGGAAACAAAUCAGGAGCUGAUAUUCUACAAUCCGAAAGUAAUACUGUCAACAACAACAACGAUGAUUACUUGAAAUAUCUGCCUGGAGGUUCCGAAUAUACGAACAUGUGUCAACAUGUUGUAAACGGUGACGCAAACCACACAGUUGCUGCAGCAGCACCACCAAAGCCUUGUGCUCGUGCGGAUACAAGUCAUUACACACCUUUAAUUAAAAAGUCGACGGAUACAAGCACAUUCCAAGAUGAGGAAGACACAUACCAAGUCCCCCGAAGUGUUUUGACUGAUACACAUAUUUCUAGGUUGGUAGAUGAUAGCGAAGAGGAAGAUGAAAUUUAUAAAGUACCACGAAGCGUCUUGAAUGACUGUGAUAAGAAUUAUGAUACCCCACCUCCCGGUAUCCGACACAUGUUGGAAGAAGACGACAUUUACCGAGUACUAAAUGGACCGGUAAGGGAAGUCCCCAUAACUAUAGAAAAGAUAGAUAGUGACAAUGAGGAAGAUAGCGAGCUGACGGACUACGCGAAUGCAUCAGCCUUUGAAAGGCCGGGGGAUUGUACAAAUGGUGAUCAAGAGUUCUUCACAUACAGCCUUCAGGAAGUGGUUAAGUGUUUAUACAAAUGUGGGUUGCCGAAAUUCGCCAGACUCUGUCACGAAAUGAACUUCGAUGGCAAGCAUUUUAAAGGAAUAACUGCAAGAAAUUUGAAAGAAGCGCCUUAUGAAUUGACCUGGUUGCACAUCUCACGAUUUUUGAAGAUCAUAAAAGGCUGGAGACCAUCAACUGUGGAGAAAGACGAAACAUACGAAGUUCCCCCAUCACCUGUCAAGAAGCAAUCGGGUUGUGGGGGUGACAGAAAUAUGAAUAAUCGUACUGAUAUAAGCCCGAAUGCCAAUGCACGUGUAAAGCUCGGCCAAGUAGACAGAGAGACAAAGUCAGCGUUUAUAGGCAAUCAUAGCUUGAAACCAAAAUUGGCUAGAGCUAGUGAAGUAAACUUUGAAAGGACAGAAUCCGCCGAAGAUGAGAAAAACAGUAACAAAGUCGGAAAUGAUUUUUUUCAGCUCAGCGUUCAAGAGGUGGUCACUUUUCUGAACAAUGCUGCAUUGACACGUUUAGCACACAUUUGCGAGGUACACCAGUUCGACGGGGCUUACUUCAGAGAGAUCACCGCCGAUAGACUCAAAAAGGAGCCAUUUCAGAUGAACUGGUUUCACAUUUCAAAGUUCUUUAAACUUAUCAAGAAGGGUUGAAUGUGGUUCAGAUACUGUAUUUUUGUCUCAAGCAAGCUUCAAAUGAACUGGUUUGCAAAACAAUUUAUGUUUUUUUAUUUAUUAUGUAUACCUAUAUAUGCGAUUUGUUUAUAUUCGUUUAAAAUUUUAGUACUUUUCUGUUGAUCUGAAUAAACAAUUAUGUAUAUAACCCCUUGUUCCUUUCUAAUCAUUCCGCUCCAUUAUCAUCAAAAACUGUGAUGAAAUAUGGUGGGGGUGUGUAAGCUUAUUUAUACUCGCACUCGGGCCUUGCCUAUUCGGCGAGUGCUCCGUUAAGAUUGGUAUUAGUCAUUUAAGUUUUUUCGAGCAUAGUGCACAGACAGAAUGUAACACUGGUUAGCGCUACCCUGGUUCUUUAACGUGCACCAGUGUAUAGCUUUGCCACACGGGACCCCCAUUUAACGACCAUCCCGGAGGACGAUUGGUAAUUGAAUAGUGGUGCGGCGUGGAAUCGAACCUGCGACCCCUGGAUUGACAGUCAAGUGUGUUACUACUAGACCACGGACCAUCGACAUAAAAUAUGGAGGAAGAUUGAUUGGUUUAGCCUCGCAUGGUUCAUUUUUAAAGACAUGUAGAUGCAAUAUAAUUAAUUUAUUUUUGUAUGAAAGGUCAUUUGCAAUAGUUUGCCAUCACUACAAAAACAUUGAACAAUUGAAAUUUUAGUUUAAAAAUGGAAAUAUUUGUUUAGAUCAAAUUCGAAAUAGACAGUCAAGUGAAUACUUCUCACCGUACACGUUUUGAAUGAAAAUCUAAAAAAUUGGGUAAUAAGGUAUACAUAACUGGGGUGUGGGUGGUGUUCUGUUGUUGUUGUUGUUGUUUUUUCAUUAUUUUAAGCCGGGAUUUUGUACCUUUAUCAGGUUGUAUUAUUAUUUUAAGAAAUUUGUUAUAUAAAAUGGUCAAAUUUAACAUGUUCACUCAAUUAAAUGCACAUUUUUUAGAAAAUACCGGAAAAAACACUACGGCAAAACAAGUGUAUGGUCGGGCAGGAAAAAUAGGGUCGGUCGGGUGAGUUGAAACAAACAAUAACACUUCAACAACGACGGCCCUAGGACGACAAACCAUGUGGAGGAGUGGCACCAUAAAAUUAACAAUCAACUGAAACACUGCCAUCCCAACAUCUACACCCUCCUAGACAUCAUCAAGAAGGAACAGGCAGCAAAUGAGGCCAAAAUAUUCCAGCAUGCUAACGGUGGUAAACAGCGCCCACGAAAGCGAGUAUACCGCCAACUUGAAGAAAGGCUCGCCCGCCUUAAGGACCAACUGAGUAUGGGUGAGAUGGACACUAUGUCCUAUGUUGAUGCUGUCUCACACUUAGUUAAAUUACAUUGAAUGUGCUUUAUGUAUAAAACUAUAUAAAUAUUAGUAAUAAUACCUUGGACAAUAUGUUCCUUACUGACAUGUACAUAUGUAUAUACUGUUGUUUAAGUAUUGUGAUGUUUUUCAGAAUGUUUAAAAU